AUGGCUUCACCUAUACACUACCGAGUACUGCGACGUGGCAAGAAAGUGCUGUGGGAUUUAAUCACAGAUUCUUUACGAGACCUGGUACCUGAGGCUCAAGCUGUUUACCGUUCUGGACAGGUCAAGUCUGCCAAAGCACGCACCAAGGAGAAUAUUGCGGAGAUGGUCGAAGAGUACAGGCUCGGUCGUUUGCUAUCUCAGGAGCCGCCACCGAGAACCACAGCAUCUACACUUAAUGAACUCUCACGCAUCUUACGGUUUCACUACACAGUCAUACUUCCCCUUGUCCCGCGCUUCACGGCUUGGAUGCACGGGAACCUUCCGAAAGAGGCAGAGCUUGGACUGAUACAACUCACAUCGCCAAGCCAGCCCAAGAUCAGUCCUACUGAAGAGAGUCGUAUCAUUCGCGCACUCUAUCGAUUCCAGCUUUGCUGCCAUCUAUUCGGAAACCGAACUGAUGAUCGUCCCUGGGGCAACGACUACGAUAUGACCGGUUACUUGGACAUCCUCCAGCAUCUUGAAGCUACGUUCUACGCUUGGGAAAUUGAGGAGAUUCUUUGCGUUUAUACUUUCGUGCAGGAUCUAUACCCUGACAUCUUUGACGAGGCGCGCGUGGGUCUUGACCCUAUGGACUUUGAAAUGGAGAGUAAAGGCAAGUCCCGCUUUUGUGAUAACCCUCGAUACUGCGACGUACCUUCCGCAUUGUUCCUAACGCCAAGCUGGAACAAAACAGAUCUGAUGACAUGUUUUUACCUCGAAGGAACCACUGCACAGGGACUCUGGCUGCUGCAUAAGGCCCUACGCGAGAUGGAAGACAAGGAACACCAUGCGCAGCUGGUCGAGAUAAUGCGGGAAAGGCUGACGCCGGAAUCAGGCUUCAUUGGACCACAAGAAGUGACUUCCCAUAUUUGGUUCUGGAACCGCCUGAACGAGCACGGCCUCACCGAAAAGGACUUGAGAUCGCAAGCUCACGAGGCCUUUCCGUUUCGAGGCGAUCAUGUUCCAGACCCGAAGGGAGAGUUUCCUCCUCGAGCGUGGACCCUGAUGUGGCACGACACUUACAGCAAUCUGUAUGGGGAGUGGAUCCCCUGGGAGCUGCGGAGCUGGGGAUACGUUUUCUGGGACGCGGGGCGAAUGGAGACAGAAGCAAAAGAGGUACUGCUUUGGCGCUGGGAAAGGUCCUUCGAUGAAGACUGGGAUCCGCGGGAUGAGUAUGACCUUGCUGAUGUCAGAGCCAUCCGAUGA